CGUAUAUAUCGACGCCUGGUGCAGUGUUGCUGAGGCCAUGGACGACGGUUCGUCAUGUCCGACCAACAGCGCCGGGCUUCUGCCGCUCUCCGCCGGCUCCCCGACGGCUGAGGGUCUCGAAGAGAAGCUGAGGCGAGUGCGCGAGGAGAACCGGCGGCUGGCCGGCACACUGGGCGCCAUACUCGCCGAUCGCCCCGACCUGCGUGCUCUCAUGAGGGCGCCAGCGUCAGCUGUCGCCUGCGCUAGGGCGCCGAGCGGCUCUGCCUCCAAUGCAGCGAGGGAGGAGGCCGCCGGCGUGACGGUGGAGCCGCGGCCCAAGGUCAGGACGGUCUGCGCGCGCGCGGAGCCGGCCGACACCGACGCCAACCUUAGCGUCAAGGACGGGUACCAGUGGAGGAAGUACGGGCAGAAGGUGACGCGCGACAACCCGCACCCAAGAUCCUACUUCCGCUGCGCGUUUGCUCCAUCUUGCCCCGUGAGGAAGAAGGUGCAGAGAGACGCGGAGGACACGUCAAAGCUAGUGGCGACGUACGAGGGCGAGCACAACCACGCUAGAUCCCCGGAGAGAGAAUUCGUCUGCAACGAGUCCAUAGCCAUAGGCCACAGGCCGUGCUCAGUCUCCAUUAACCCGUCCGGCCGGACGAUCAGGCUAGAAGAUAUGACGAACCAUGGGUCAGGAUCGAGGCUGGACCUGGAGACUAUCCGGAGGGAGGUUGUUACGCCUGAAUUUCAGAAGCUUCUAGUGGAGAAGAUGGUGAAUUCGCUCAAGAAUGAUGCAGAUUUCAUGCAUGCUCUAACGAAUGCGGUGGCUGAGAGAAUACUGGAAAUUAUUCCAGCCCGGCUAAGUUAAUGUGCCAAGUAGUAUUUAGGUGUGGAUAGAAAUAUCGACACAAUUUCUAUUAAAGUUAUAGUUUUUACGAGUUUUCUAUUCCUCAUUCAGCUAAAACUUGCUAAUCGUCGGUCGAUUUGAACACAGAGUAGUCAGGAGAGCAGAUCAGAGGCCAA